AUGGAGAGAAACAAUAAGACUAUAUCCACAGAUUUUAUUCUCCUGGGGCUCUGGCCUGAGUUCAGCCACCUUAUGAUCCUUAUCUACCUUAUCCUUUUGGUCUACUGUAUGGCUGUUAUGAGCAAUGUUGUUCUCAUUCUCCUCAUCUGGCUAGAUUUGCAACUCCACUCCCCCAUGUACUUUCUGCUCAGCCACCUCUCCCUCAUUGACUUGGCCUUGAUCUCAACUUCUGUCCCCAAAAUGGUCACAAACUUCUUCUCAGGGGAAAGAAUCAUAUCACAGGUAGGUUGUGGAACCCAGAUUUUCUUCAGCUUAACCCUGGGAAUUGCUGAGUGCCUCCUGCUAACUCUCAUGUCCUAUGACCGCUACGUUGCCAUCUGUAACCCACUUCGUUACUCAGUCAUUAUCAGCCAUGUCACCUGCAAAAAGAUGGUCAUUGUGUCCUGGACAGGGGGAGCAAUAACUUCCCUGGUUCAUACAGCCUAUGCCAUGCAUUUUCCCAUUUGUCACCCCCGAGAGAUCCUGCAUUUUUUGUGUGAGGUCAUGGCCCUGUUGAAGCUCACUUGUGAGGACAUUUCAGCCUAUGUGAAGUCAGUGGUGGUCUCAAGCUUUCUGGUGGUCCUCAUCCCUCUAAGUCUCAUCCUGGUCUCCUACGCCCUCAUCUUUCUUGCUGUCCUCCGCAUGAACUCCUCUGAGGGCAGGAACAAGGCUCUGGCUACCUGCUCCUCCCACCUUUGUGUGGUCACCCUCUACUUUGGCCCUGCCAUAUUGGUCUACAUGAGACCUGGGUCUUCUAAGACUCCCAAAUUAAAUCAAUCUCUUUUUAUGUUUAAUGCCAUCCUUACCCCUAUGCUUAACCCCCUCAUCUAUAGUCUGAGAAACAAGGAUGUUAUAGAAGCUUUGAAGAGUAGAGUCAUCAAUAGAUACCCCCUGAGAAAGAUGAAAAUACAUCUACAUUGUCAUACUUGAUUAUAAUCUUAUGUUAGCAUAUUUAUUUAAAUUGCUUUCAGAAGCCCUUAAGCCUUGAAAAAUUCUGUUAUGAAUUAUAUAAAUGUUAGAGGUAUUUAUUUCAAUCUUUUUGUUGUGUGAAAACAAAACAUAAAAUAAUCUGUUCAUGGUCUCAGAGCACCAUCAAAGAGCCAGUUCUUCUGACACAAAAUUCUGAAAAGACAUUUAUUUUCUAAAUAACACAGAACAUCAUUUUUGCUCAGGUAUGCCCAAGUUAUCAAUGC